AUGGCAAUGAGGAGCUUCUCCCAAGUCAGGUGGUACCUGUCACCGUGUGGCUUUCUACCUCCACCCAUCCAGUUGGGGGCGGGGCGGCUCCGGGGGCGGGGCGGCGCCGGGGCGGGGCGGCGCCGGGGGCGGGGCGUGAGCCCUCAUUACCCCUUCCUUAGAGCAGUUGGCGGAUACCGGUGCUACCUCUCCGCACUGACUGUUUUCGGGGACCUUCAGCCGCAGUGUUUGUUGCGUCGCGCAUCUCGGUUUCUGAGCAGGCCCGGCACAGCCGGCACUGAGAGCGCGGCCCUGGAGCCUCCGCCGUCCUCCAAGUCGCCGCCGUCGCCCCAGUCACCACUGUGGGCGCCGAACUCGCCUAGACGCGGAAAAGCGGGCAUUGUCCCCAACCGCCCCCUGGGCAGCUUCCCCGGCGUCCCCAUGUCGCCGCCCGAGCACCGCUCCCGGUUGUCCCCUAGGACCGCCCGGCCGUCGCCUGAGACCCGCGAGGAGCUGCAGCGCCGACUGCGCGGCCUCAUCGAGAACAACCGGGUGAUGAUCUUCAACAAGAGCUACUGUCCCCACGGCCAGCGGGUGAAAGAACUCUUUUCUUCUUUGGGAGUUGCCUAUAACAUCUUGGAACUUGAUCAAGUUGAUGAUGGGGCCAGCAUUCAGGAAAUGCUGUUAGAGAUGACUAACCAGAAAACCGUGCCCAGUGUUUUUGUGAAUAAAGUACACGUGGGUGGAUGUGACCGAGUUUUCCAGGCCCAUCAGAGCGGCUUACUGCAGAAGCUCCUCCAGGAGAACUCGGCCUAUGAUUAUGAUCUCAUCGUCAUCGGGGGUGGCUCUGGUGGCCUUUCCUGUGCAAAGGAAGCUGCCAACUUGGGAAAGAAAGUCAUGGUGCUGGACUACGUGAUCCCAUCACCGCGGGGCACAACCUGGGGCCUCGGUGGUACUUGCGUGAAUGUGGGUUGCAUCCCUAAGAAGCUGAUGCAUCAGGCUGCCCUCCUGGGGCAGGCCUUGCGGGACUCCAGGAAGUUUGGCUGGGAGUACAGUCAGAAAGUGAAGCACAACUGGGAGACCAUGGUAGAAGCAAUUCAGAACCACAUCAGCAGUCUGAACUGGGGCUACAGGGUGUCCUUGCGAGAGAAAGGGGUGACCUAUGUCAACUCCUAUGGAGAAUUUGUGGAGCAGCAUAAAAUAAAGGCAACCAAUAGAAAAGGACAGGACACUUUUCACACUGCUGCAAAAUUUGUGAUAGCAACAGGUGAAAGACCACGAUACUUAGGAAUCCAAGGAGAUAAAGAAUACUGUAUUACUAGUGAUGAUCUUUUUUCCCUGCCAUACUGCCCCGGAAAAACAUUAGUAGUGGGUGCAUCUUACGUGGCUCUGGAAUGUGCAGGGUUUCUUGCAGGCUUUGGCUUAGAUGUCACAGUAAUGGUGCGCUCCAUCCUUCUUCGUGGCUUUGAUAGAGAGAUGGCAGAGAAAGUGGGUUCUUACAUGGAACAGCAUGGUGUCAAGUUCUUGAGAAAAUUUAUACCUGUGAUGAUUCAACAGUUGGAGAAAGGUUUACCUGGGAAGCUGAAAGUAUCAGCUAAAUCCACAGAAGGAUCAAACAUGAUUGAAGAUGUAUAUAACACAGUUUUGUUAGCAAUUGGUCGUGACACCUAUGUAAGGAAAAUAGGCUUGGAGAAGAUUGGUGUCAGCAUCAGUGAGAGAAGUGGCAAAAUACCAGUCAAUGAUGUGGAGCAGACCAAUGUCCCCCACAUCUAUGCUAUUGGGGACAUUUUGGAGGGAAAGCCAGAGCUCACUCCUGUUGCCAUACAGGCAGGCAAGCUGCUAGCUCGCCGACUUUUUGGAGGCUCCUUAGAGAAGUGUGAUUAUAUUAAUAUUCCAACCACAGUGUUUACCCCUCUGGAAUACGGUUGCUGUGGAUUAUCUGAAGAGGCAGCCAUUGAAGUCUAUAAAAAUGAGAAUCUAGAAGUGUUUCAUUCUUUCUUCCUGCCACUCGAAUGGACAGUGGCCCGCAGGGAAAGCAAUACUUGCUACGCGAAGAUCAUCUGCAACAAGCUUGACAGUGACCGUGUGAUAGGAUUUCACGUUCUUGGACCAAACGCUGGCGAGAUCACUCAAGGGUUUGCAGCCGCAAUGAAAUGUGGGCUCACGAAACAGCUGCUUGAUAACACUGUUGGAAUUCACCCCACAUGUGCAGAGGUAUUCACAACCCUGGACAUCACCAAGUCGUCGGGACUGGACAUCACUCAGAGGGGCUGCUGAGGCUAGUGUGCUGCUGCUGUGUUUCCUUGGCCACUUCUCAUUCCUUCCAAAGACACCAGCCCUGAACAGGGGGUGGAGAUGAGAAGGUGACAGGGACACAGCAGCAGCAGACAGCUGCAGGGACUCUGGUUGACACGCAGCAGGUAGACUGCAUCUUUGACGCCCUGGCUCGGAACCCUGUUGGGGAGCCUGGGCUGACUCCGUGCAUCAGACCUGAGCUUCUCCUAAGACCUCAAAUGGCACUGGUAGCCCAAGUGACCCCUCCUGGUGCCUCAUGUUUUUAUCCUCUCACUUUGUUUUCUACAAGGGUAUUUUUUCUAUGAAGCCAGUUAUAAAGGCAAUUUCUGGCACAGGCCUGGCGCAUACAUGCUUGGGGCCCAUGUGUCUCCAAGCACUGGGUACAGAUUGCAUUAGCAAGAGAGUGUGCCUUGGCCAACUGCCCUGCCUCUCAGGUGCAUCUUACCUCGUGCCUAAACCCAGGCGUUGGCAUCCCCUGGUGAUAACUCUCGGGACUGCUUUCCUCACACUACUCCAGGCCAUCAGAACAUCUCAUGGAAGAGAAAAUACUUGAAUCUCUUUUUCAUGUUGAUCUUAAAAAUCCUAUUAUAAAGUUUUCACUAUUGUUUUAUGUGAAAUAUAAUUUCAAACUGUUGGAAAUGA